UUCACAGAUACAUGGCGGCGCAGGAGAGGAAAAGAAACACGCCACAUUCCGGGGGAUAUAUAUGCACCGAUUCUGGUUGCAAACGCUGAGCUGGCGACAGGGGAUGUUUAAGCAGCCCGUUAGGAAACUGCGUGUUAUUUCAAUACGUGUCCAUGAAAACACAACUGGAAAGUUGACUGCAAUCUUCACACAAAGGGAAGCUGUUUAAAGUUUAGAAUUGGACUCGGGUCGAUGCACAUUAAAUAAAUGGUCAAACAUAAGCAUGAAGGUGUUUGUUUUUAUAAGCACAAGGUAGCAGCAAUUGCUGUUUAGCAGGUAAAGCCUUGCAGGAGAUUCGAUCCUGCAGCAUUGAAGCCGAAAGUGCAAUGUUUCAGAGCGGUGCCUCUUUGCAUUUGCUUCAGGCCGGCACAUUUCUGGUGCUGGACUCGUUUUCCUCCAAUCGCAUAGGUCGAGGGCUGAGGUCCGACGGAGGAUUUGCUUCCCCCGGAGGCUCUGAGGACUGAAGGAGAGGUAGUGAAGCGGGGUCCCCUCCAGGAGCCAUGAGCGGGACCGCCCGCUGCUUGCGCCGCUACCCCCAGCUCCCCGUCUGGGUCGUGGAGGAUCACCAAGAUGUAAGGGCGGUCCCUCCCCUCUGCGGCGUUAUCCCGGGAAUUGUCAACACUGUCCCGGGAACUGGACCCUUCCCCUGGAGGUUGCGACGUUUUCCCCCAGGGAAUUGGGAGGUGGUCCUCGGGGUUGCCCCUAGGGAUUGCAGCCUCCCCUCGGGGGCUUGGAACAUUGUCCUGGAAUUUCAACAUUUCCCAGGGAUUGGAAGUUUGUCUCGAGAAAUGGAAAAUUGCCCUGGGGAUUGCGAUAUUAAAGAAAAGGAACUGGGAGGUUGCCUCUGGAGUUGGACCAUUGUCCCAAGAACUGGAAUGUUUUCCUGGGGGAUUGCAACAUUAUCCCAGGGAUUGAGCGGUGGUCUGAAGAAUUAGAACAUUAUUCUGGGGACUGGAACUUUAUUUUGGGAAUUAAGACAUUGUCCUGGGGAUUGUAACAUUGUCCCUGGGAUUGCAAAUUAUCGCAGCAAUAGGAAUAUUGUCCUGGGGAUUGCAAUAGUAUCUUGGAAAUUAAAUUUGUCCAAGGACCACAACAUUGUCCUGGUGAUUGUAACAUUGACCCUGGGAUUGCAAUUUUAUCCCAGGGGUUGGAAUGUUUUCUUGAAUACUGCAACAUUAUUUCAAGGACUGGAACGUUGCCCCAGGGAUUGAGAGGUUGUCCUGGAAGCUGGAUCAUUAUCCCAGAACUGGAAGGUUGUCUUGGAACAUGGAAUGUUGCCCUUGGGAUUGUAACAUUAUUCCUGAGAUUAGAACGUUGCCCCAGGAUUUGAAAUGUUGCCCCUGGAACUGCAACAUUAUCCCAUGAAUUGGAAUGUUGUCCAAGUAUUGUAGCAUUGUCCCAGUGAUUGCAACAUUAUCCUGGGAAUUGGAACAUUUUUCCGGGUUUGUGAAGCCAUUCACUGAACGUUCCAGAGCUAGAACCCCAGGAUUGUUUCUCUUCCUUUAUUUUUACCUGACAACGGUCGUGCAGCUUGCUGCUCCCAACUCUUUGCGGUACUGGGCACUCUCAGGACCAUGUGACUGAGCUAAAUCAUUUUAGUACAGAGAUGUAUGAAAUGAUGGAUUGUUGAGAGGAAAACUAUGAGAGAUGAUAGUAACGUGGUACCGUUCAUCUAUCGAGCAAUUGGUUCAAAGCAUUUGCCAAUUGAAAAUAUUGCCCUGGUUCACCUGGACUCACACCCAGACCUUCUAAUCCCAAUUGACAUGUUAGCUGAUAGUGUGUUUGAUAAAGAGCUGCUUUUUGGAGACCUGAGCAUUGAGAACUGGAUCAUGCCUGUUGUUUACGCUGGCCAUUUCUCUGACAUCUUUUGGCUUCACCCUCUGUGGGCCCAGCAGAUCACCGAUGGGAAACACUGCUUCUUUGUUGGUAGAGAUUCUUCAACUAAAACCAUCAGGGUUACAAGUGCUGAGAGCUACUUUCUGAGUGAUGGAUUGUAUGUGUCGGAGAGUUUGCUGGAGAACAGGAAGCAGUUAGGGUUACAGGUCAUCCCGAUAGACCCAGGUGAGCAGAGCAGAGAUGACUGUGAGGAACCAGAGGAAAUUGGAGCAUCAGCCUGCAAAAUACCAAAAAUGGAACAUUUAACCCAUGGAGAAGGUGUGCCCGGGGCUAUGUGUGCCUCGUCCUCCAAAGAGAACAAUCAGUCAUCUAAGGACAGAUCUGAUAAGGACAACAUUUGUCCAGUUUCACUCUCCACGGCUGAGAGAGACACACAGGAAACCAUUCCACCCCACACAGCAGCAACAAGUCCUCAGACUGUCCAACAGCAAGAGAAGGAAAUCGUUAAGGAUCUUCUUCAUGUCUUGGACAAAAGAGAUGCUUUCAUCCUGGAUAUUGAUUUGGAUUUCUUUUCAGUUAAAAAUCCAUUUAAAGAAAUGUACACCAAGGAAGAAUAUGAAAUUCUCAAGCAGUUGUAUAGUUUUAACAAACCUGAUCGGGAAGACUCUGAGGAGGCGUUGAUCGAUUGUGUGGAAGCUCGUACGAGACAGCUAGAAGAUAUGGAAGCUGCAUUUGCAGACCUGUGUGAAGAUGACAGUGAAGAGAGCAUACAGAAAUGGGCAGCAAUACCUGGCCUGGAAAGUCUCACUCAGCUUGUGCUUAGCCUUAAGGAGAGACUGGGAACACCUGACUAUGAAAUGGUUCACCAGGCUGGGCUAACAUGUGACUAUUCCGAACUUCCGCACCACAUCAGCACUGAGGAAGAGAUAGACAAACACAUGUCUGCUGUAAAACGGCUACUUAAAGUUUUACCCAGGCCAACUCUAAUUACCAUUGCAAGGUCCAGUCUAGACGAUUACUGUCCAUCUGAACAGGUAGACUCUAUUCAGGAGAGGAUGUUAAAGGUGCUACGUUGUUGCUACGGGGCAUUAGAUAUCCACUUAGAAUACUGAAUUUGUCAGGCCCCUGUCUGAACCAGAGAGGGCGCACAGCCUUUUGUCUCAUUUCCAGAAGAAAGCAUCAAGAUAGGAGCAGGAGGAGGCCAUUCGACCCAUCAAGGCUACAAUUAGACCACCAACUACAAUUAGAGACGAUCUUGGGUUUCGACUCCGCUUUCUAAAGCGAAUUUUAUUUAAUAAAUAAAUUGUAAUUUUAACAAUGA